AUGGGUCUCUUCUCCGGCUUCUUCAGCUCGUCAUCUCGGGGCAGCAGUCGCCAAUGGUAUGGCAACGAACCAUACCAAUCCUCAUCACGCAGCGGCCAUGAUGCCUAUCAUGCAUCCGCCUCACGCAGCGGUCGCCAGUAUCCCGAUUACUCCCGCGCAUAUCAACCCCAAGCGUCCAAUGCCUACCACUCUCGCCGCGACCCCUACGGCGAGAGUAGCUCAAGACGGCGUCGAGAGGUAGAGCGUGAGCCCUACUACAAUUUCACCCGCGACGACCGUCGUUACUCCUUUGGUCAUCGCCAAGGCCACAGCGAGCAGAUCCGGUUUGGUCAGGCACAAGGCCAUCACUUAAGUGGUCGCCAUCAGUACCAGCCUGCCCCAGAGAAUCUCGUUCACUACUCCAGAGACCCAUACCGCUCUCGACAUUCAAAGCCGUACAACCCCGACCGCAAUCGCUUCGCUGACUUCGAUCAGACAACUCGGGCGGGCCAAAGAGAGCACGAGCGCUAUCAGGCGUUCGGCGGUCGCAACGGUGGGUAUGGCUACGACGGUAGGUCUGGAGGUGGGUAUAGCUCUGGAUCUGCAGCCCACCACCUCGAGAUGAACGGUCGAUACCCUCGCUUUCGCUAA